UUCAUGAGUUGGAAGAUUUUCAAUUUUCCCCCCUGAUUAUUUCAUAUUUUUGUUGUAAUUUCGUGAGAAUAAACUAUUGACAACCAUACAAACAUUAAGUUAACAUGCUAGUCUAUGUGUUGGCGGCAGUUGGUGGAUUCAUAGCGCUAAAUUUUGCGUUUAAGAAGGAUCCAAAGCCAGUGAAUGGUGUGUACUCUCAACCUGGCAAACUGUACACACUGAAGUAUUGGUUCUUCUAUUUCCUGUUUAACAUUCGUCGUUGGAGAAAUGAGCGCGCUAAUGCAAGCACUGAUGUUGCCGGCUAUGGCAGAAAGUCUAGAAACUCUGUCGAAGACAUGGAGAAGCCACAGAAGCUGCCCCAAGAACAUCCAAAAGCUGUUGAUGCUGUGUACUUCAAUGGUGGGAAUGCCAAUGAUGACUUCUUUGUAACAGCAACAGCUAGAAGGCAUGAUAACCUGGUCCAAACUAUUCUUAUGUUAAGGUUGUCUGAUAUUGGAUUAUUUGAGUUGCCAUGCCUACCGGACACCAACAUUUACGUCAAAGAUGGGACCAAGUUUGGAACAGAUAACCUAAUCAUUGAGUGUGUAGAAGCAAUGAAAAAAUGGAAAAUCAAGUACGAUGGAAAAAUGAGAUUCACAAAUAAAGAUAAAGAAGUGAAAGAAGUGAAUGUGAAGUUUGAUUUAGACUGGACGGCCACCACACCCUUUUUUGAUUUCGACACUGACAUGCACUGGAAAACACUCUGUGAUGCUAUGGCGAGAGAGAAAUGGUCGACGGAGUUCUUUGAUCAGCUUCGAAGUGCCCAUCAAACCCAUUAUGAACAAUUUGGCAAGAUUGAGGGGACUUUCGAUAUAGAGGGUGUUGGUGAGAAAACACUUUCUUUUUCUGGUGUGAGGGACCACAGUUAUGGUAAUGUGCGCAACUGGUAUGACUUGUACCGGUACGCCAUGCAGUAUCUCACUCUGAGUGAUGGCACCUCUAUCCUCGUUGGACACAUCUGCAUGAUGCCUACUUUCAAACGACUUAUUGUCGGCUACGUAAUCCAUCCUGAUGAGAGAAUAGAUGUUGUGGAGUCGUGUGACCUUGAACUCUACAAGUGGGGAGAAGACGGUGAAGACCCAGAGGUGUUUGAUUUCAACUUCAAAGCAGGUGACAAGAAUUAUCACCUUGAAUGUCGACGUCUCGAUUCGGUCAGAUUCUACAUGGGUAUUGACUGGUCUGCCCGUAUUCAUGAGAGGUUCUGCAAGUUUGUGGUGAAUGGAGUAGAGGGCUGGGGCAUAAGUGAAUGGGAUUAUAGGAGAGAUGGAGGCAACCCAAACCUGAAACCGAAGGAAUAGUUUGGAGACUUGGCAAUAAGAUGGGUGUAACUAGUCGAGAGAUAAAUGAUCAAACGGUGUACUGCGAACUUUUUCAUAUUUGAAUAUUUCAGAUGCAAAAGGCACUAGAUCCACACCAGAUCUAACUUUUCUGGUGUGACUUAAACGUUUUUGCCUUAAAAGUGGCAUGUCAAUAGAUGAUUUUUGAUAGGAUUAUAUGAGUUUUGCAUUGGAAGGAUUUGGUGUUCAGAUUUGGGGUACUCUCUUAGAAUUGUUAGCGGAAACAGGGUCACAAUAGUAAAGGGUUGUAGUAAAUGAUUGAAAUCCCUGGACAAUAUUGCACAGUGCUGGUAAACAGUUACAAAAACGAAGUGACAUAAUGUAGAACUUGUUUGUGGCAUUGCGCAUGUGCUCCAAUCAUGUCACGAACAUGUCAUCGAGGGGCCAAGUGAAGGCAGGAAUGUGCCUGUGGUAGGAUGCCUUCCUUGUUAAGGUUUUAGCAACUGUUGUGCCGUGUUGUGGCUGAGUUCCUGGUUCCUUGUUGAUAGAAUUAAUAAUGUGAACUUGAUAUGUUCAUAGCUUCCGGGACCAUAGUUUUAUAAAGAAAUGAAGUAGUUUAUUGAAAGAAAGUUUUCCAAUGAAGGAAGCUGGUACUCCAGAUCAUGACUGUGUCGAUUGGCCGGUACUUCUUUUUUGUGUUUGUUUAGCAGUGUACUUGUACUGGCACUUGAUAAAUUUAAAUAUAGAAUAAUUUAUGUAUAAAUAAAUGUAAAUGGUGCUAUUAUCAAACAGUAUUUUAUAUAUCUAUAAAAAAUCAAACAUCUGUUGCUCUUUUCUAGCCCUGUGCAUUGUUGAUGAUAAUUUCUGUUGCUAAUCUCCUCUGGAGACAAAAUUAUGUUUGUUUUCGUCUUUCUGCUACUGUGAGAUUUUCAAUAAGCAAUGUGCAUUUAUCGCUCUAAAAAAGCAUUGAUAUUCGAAAAACAAAUUUAUUCCUAGGCCUGUGCAAUUAAAUUCACACUUGUAAUUGAAGUGUUGUCAUGUGCCAUUGUUCGUAUUGUAUUUCUGCAAACUCAGAGUUUGUUUUAUUGAUUGAGGUUUUUAUCAGUAAGUAUCAAGCUGGAAGUCUCUCAAACUCAUAUCUUGUAACAAACAAUUCACUUAAUUGUCCAAGGUUGGAAAUGCAAAACAAAAUCAAUUCUCUAAUGUUUAGCCCAGCAUUAAAAGGUAGCUGCGCAAAUUACAUGUCCCACAUCAAACCAUAAAAAACAAUGAUUUCUUCCCUAUUCUAAUGAGAAUAUGGCAUGGUGUUUUCCAAAUGACUAUGUUCGAAAACUUUUUAAUCUGUGAGACUGUUUCACUGCCUGUGACUUUUAUGCGGGUUGCAAAAUAUUCAAGCAAAUUUCCCUUUAAUCAUCACGAUAUUGAAUUUGAUAUAAAGUAUAGAAUAUAAGUACAUGUAGAGAAGUGAUUUAUAAUGCGAACAUCUGUGAUGGUAUUCCAACGAUACGGGUGUUUUAUCAACAGCAGCAGUAUUGAUAUCAAAUUCAGGCACACAAUCAUUGAUUUACACUCAUGAUU